UUCAUAUGUUCCCUGCUAUUCUUCCUCUUCUUUUUCUCAGUCCUUUAUUUCAAAAUUUUCUUUUUUUCUUUCACUUCCUUUCAGUUCUUCCACUAAAACCCAUUUCUAUACUUCGCUGGGUUUUUGGGUGCCCUAUAGUUUUAUUUAUUUCGUUAAAGUUGAACUUGGGGACAAAUGGACGGAGGACUGUACAAUCCUCGAACUGUUGAAGAAGUUUUUAGAGAUUUCAAGGGCCGUCGAACUGGCCUUAUCAAAGCACUGACCACAGACGUUGAAGAAUUUUACCAGCAGUGUGAUCCUGAAAAGGAGAAUUUGUGCUUGUACGGGCUUCCUAAUGAGCUGUGGGAGGUUAAUUUGCCUGCUGAAGAAGUACCUCCAGAAUUCCCCGAGCCUGCUCUGGGUAUCAACUUUGCUAGAGACGGUAUGCAAGAAAAAGACUGGUUAUCUCUAGUUGCAGUUCACAGUGAUGCUUGGUUGCUGUCAACAGCUUUUUAUUUUGGUGCUAGAUUUGGAUUCGAUAAAGCUGACAGGAAGCGACUUUUCAACAUGAUCAAUGAUCUUCCCACAGUAUUUGAAGUUGUGACUGGUGCUGCAAAGAAACAGCAGAAAGAGAAGUCUUCAGUCUCCAAUCACAGUAGCACCAAAUCCAAGUCAAACUCUAAAUCGCGAGCAUCUGAAUCUCAGGGAAAAUUUUCGAAGUCAGAGCCAAAAGAUGAAGAUGACGGCUUGGACGAGGAGGAAGAUGAGGAACAUGGCGAUACAUUGUGUGGUGCUUGUGGGGAGAACUAUGCGUCAGACGAAUUCUGGAUAUGCUGUGAUGUAUGCGAGAAGUGGUUCCAUGGCAAGUGUGUGAAGAUUACACCAGCUAGAGCCGAGCAUAUCAAGCAGUACAAGUGUCCGUCAUGCAGUAACAAGAGAGCCCGUGCUUGAUGUGGAAUAUGGAUCUAAUUAUCUGUACUCUUGUUAAAAUUUCCAAGUCUUUGCUGUUUAGGUCAUUUCUUGUUUUGAGUGUAACAUGUAGAAUUAACCUGUGAAUGGUAAACUCCUGUUGGGCAGUCUUGCACUUGAUAUAGUAUUGUCUCGUGUCUUAGGUUUUAGUUGACUGACUGUCCGUUGGACUCUCUUUUAGAAAUUUCAGUUUGUUUUCUUGAUGAUAUGAUGUGAAGCUCGUUUAAAUCACCUGUAGCCCUUUUUUUCUCUGCUAAAAUCAGUUGGAAUU